AGGCCGCGGUCAUAAAAUUAAAAGGAGGGACGAUCGGUCGAGGAGAAGAGAAAGGGCCUCCGUCCGUUCUCGAUCUCCUCUCGUUGACGCGCGCGCCGCUGAUUUUUGUCGUCCUCGGUUCUGUUCCGCGUCGACCCCGCCCCCCGACCCGCGCGUGCUCCUCCGUAAUGGCGAGGUACGAGCCGAUAAAGGGAGAGAUCAGCGCGUCGCGCGUGGCCAUCGACGUCUCGAAAGGCCCGGCGACGCCAUCGCCGCCGCCCGCGAAGAAGCCGGAGCGGCUGGCUCGCUCGGACGUUUUCCGAGGACUCACGGUGGCGAUUAUGAUUCUGGUUGAUGAUGCUGGUGGAAUUUUCCCAAGAAUCAAUCAUUCUCCAUGGAAUGGUGUAACUAUUGCUGAUUUUGUCAUGCCCUUUUUCUUGUUUAUAGUUGGAGUAGCCCUAACACUUGCAUACAAGAGAGUGUCAAAUAGAGCCGCCGCGACAAAGAAGGCUAUGCUUCGAGCACUUAAGCUGUUAGUACUUGGUGUUGUGCUCCAAGGUGGUUACUUUCACGGUGUCCACAAUUUAACUUAUGGUGUUGAUAUUUUAAGUAUUCGCCUGAUGGGUGUACUGCAGAGAAUUGCAAUAGCAUACCUUUUGGCAGCAAUAUGUGAAAUUUGGCUCAGAAAUGACGGUAAAGUUUUCUCUGGAUGGUCCCUAUUAAGGAGAUACCGAUAUCAAACGUAUGUUCCUCUGAUACUUACCGUGAUCUAUGUCACUCUCUUGUAUGGUUUGUAUGUUCCUGAUUGGGAGUACCAUAUAAGAGAGCAAGGUGCAAUCAAAUCAUUCUCGGUGAAAUGUGGAGUUAGAGGCGACACAAGUCCUGCUUGCAAUGCUGUUGGCAUGAUAGACCGUAAGAUAAUGGGCAUUCAACAUUUAUAUAAACGCCCUGUUUAUGCAAGAACUGAGCAAUGCAGCAUCAAUUCUCCUUCAAAUGGCCCUCUUCCAGCAGAUGCUCCCUCAUGGUGUCAAGCCUCUUUUGAUCCUGAAGGGCUUUUAAGCACUGUGAUGGCAAUUGUUAGUUGUUUGAUUGGGUUGCAAUUUGGGCAUGUUAUCGUUCAUUUUCAGGAUCACAAAGAGAGGAUUGUACAAUGGACCCUUCCAUCCUUCUCUCUUAUGGCUUUAGCCUUCUCACUUGACUUCUUCGGGAUGCAUAUCAACAAGGCUCUCUACACGCUUAGUUACACAUGCCUCACCACUGGUGCAGCUGGGCUUCUUUUUGCAGGAAUAUAUUUGCUGGUUGAUGUCUAUGGAAUUAGGCGACCAACCUAUGUAUUUGAAUGGAUGGGAAUGCACGCACUGAUGAUUUACAUUCUAAUAGCAUGCAAUGUCUUGCCAGUUCUAAUCCAGGGUUUCUACUGGAGAGAGCCACAGAACAAUCUCGUAAUUGAGGUUGAUCGGAGUAUGAGGCCGAGCAUGCGAUGGGGAUCCAGCUCCUGCUUCCUGUGGAGGACCGUGAGGCCUGUCUUUGGCCAAUCCUCAGCAGCAAAACCUGAAGAAUUUUUGCUGUGCUAGAUUUGAGGCCGGCCUCAGCUUUGCAUAUGCUAGGAGAAAAUGGCUACAUAGGCAUAGGUAUAUGCAUCUGUUUAUUACGGAGGAGCCACCAGCAAGAAAAGUAUUGCUCAACUUGAGCUUGUAUAGUUCUUAUUAUUUGAGAGGUAGAGACCACUAUAUAGUAUUCAUGUUAUCCU